AUGUCAAAUCAAACUACUACUAUAAAUCCCGAUGGAGAGUCAUCUGAACAAUACCUUAUUGGGUACAUUGCUUUAGCUCUCUCAUGCACAGGAUUCGGCACCAUGUUCGUUCCCUUGAAAUCUAUUCAACCCAAAGAUGGGUUUUUUGUGCAAUGGGUUGAAUGCAGUGUAGUCUUAGUGACAGGCUUCAUUAUUAAUGCCAUUCGAGGAUUUCCAGAUUUCCAGUGGAUCGCUGCAAUUGGGGGAGCUCUAUAUGCUACAGGCAAUGUUUUCUCUGUUCCAAUUGUCAACGGGAUAGGGAUGAGCUUGGGUUUGCUCAUUUGGGGUUCUAUGCAGAUCAUGGUAGGUUGGAGUGUAGCACGGUUUGGACUUUUCAAUUGGUUAUCGGCAACUCACGUCGAACAUGAUCUACUAAACUAUUUAGGAUUAGCUUUGACCAUUAUUAGUGGCAUCUUGUUCGUCUUCAUCCGUCAUACUAAAGAAGAGCAACACGACAAUUCGUAUGAGUUGAAACCUGAAACAGUUCAAGAAGUUUCAAAUACAAAAGCUUUUUCCAGAAAAGUCCCAUUCAUACUUAUGGCUAUGAUACUGGCUGUAUUCCACGGGUUGAUGAUGACUCCUAUUGAUAUUCUGAAACAAAAAUAUCCUUCUAACGAUACUUACAAAGUUUUCGAUUACUGUUGGUCAUUUUACUCCAGUGUGUUCGUAUUCUCAACCAUCUAUUUUUUCUUGUAUUGCGUCGUACUUCAAAGAAAAGCUUAUGUGGAACGUGAAUUGAUCAUUCCAUCUAUUUUCUAUGGAAUUCUCUGGACAACGGGGAUGACGUUCUGGUUUUUAUCAAGUGAUAAAUUAUCACAAGUGGUAGCUUAUCCUAUAACUACUCGGUUACCUGCCAUAAUCAGCGCCUUGAUUGAUAUUAUACUGUUCAGAUCAAUAAGGGGUAAACACAACAUCAUCUUCCUAGCUUUCGCUAUCGUUGUUGGUCUCUCUGGUGUUGUUUUAAUAGCUUUAUCCAACCAAAAAUUAUAA